CCCACGCGCGGCUCGUGACACCGGCGGUGACCCGAUCCGUCCCUCCGCCCCUCCGCCCCUCUGCUUUCUUCCUCCACCCGCCCGCAUUACCAUCUCCCGAUCUCCCGCGGCCGCCCAUCACUCGUUCGAAGGAAUUCCCGGGUGGCGGAACCACCAGGCGGAGCCGUAGGAAUGGUAUCGUUCCUGAGCGCCCUGGUGUACGGGGUGGGAGCCAUGGUGGUGGUCGGGCUGGCGCUGCUGGUGGCGUUCCAGGAGAAGCUGGUGUACGUGCCGGUGCUCCCGGGCCUCACCAAGUCCUACCCCAUCACCCCCGCCCGCCUCCGCCUCUCCUACGAAGACGUCUGGCUCCACUCCGCCGACGGCGUCCGCCUCCACGCUUGGUUCAUUAAUCUCUUCCCCAACUGUCCAGGUCCGACAAUACUAUUCUUCCAAGAAAAUGCUGGGAAUAUUGCUCAUCGUCUUGAUUUUGUCCGCAUAAUGAUGCAGAGGCUGCGCUGCAAUGUGUUUAUGCUCUCUUAUAGAGGAUAUGGAGCAAGUGAUGGCUACCCUUCACAACAUGGCAUUACAAAUGAUGCUCAGGCAGCACUUGAUCAUCUAGCUCAGAGAAAAGACAUUGAUACAUCCAGAAUAGUUGUUUUUGGAAGAUCUCUUGGAGGUGCUGUAGGAUCAGUUCUUACAAAAAACAAUCCUGACAAGGUUUCUGCUAUUAUAUUGGAGAAUACUUUCACCUCUAUAUUGGACAUGGCUGGAGUUAUGUUACCGUUCUUAAGGUGGUUCAUUGGUGGAAGUGCAUCAAAAGGACUGAAGGUCUUAAAUUUUCUUGUACGCUCACCAUGGAGUACCAUUGAUAUUAUUGGGCAGAUUAAACAACCAAUUCUCUUCCUAUCCGGGUUGCAAGAUGAGAUGGUUCCCCCAUCUCACAUGCAGAUGCUGUAUAAGAAAGUGGUUGAGCAUAAUCGGCAUUGUCUAUUUGUUGACUUUCCAAGUGGCAUGCAUAUGGACACAUGGCUCUCGGGUGGGGACCGUUACUGGAGAAUGAUUGAAUUGUUCUUGAAUCAAUAUGUUCCAGAGAUGCAAGGUGUGAAAUUGAGCCACAAAAAUGAUGAGGAUGAGGGUAUUAAUCUGUCAUAUUAAAUUUUUGACAGCACAAGUUGCCAAGACCAUUACAUGCAUACUUAGAUACCACAGCAAUAUGACCUGCAGUUGAUAAGAUGGAGUCUCCCCUUCUUCAAAUAUAUUGUUCAUAUAUUUCUUCUGCUGCAGCACAUCAAUCCACCAAUUUUGCUUUGAUUUCAAGUAUUGCUAUUCUUUGUCGGCAGCGUCGAAGAGAUGCUGAAGAUAAGCGUUCACUGAACUUAUUCCUCAAGCCCAAUACUGACACAUUCUCACUAUGAGAUAAGAAGAUGCUGGUAAAAGAUAGUCAUCCUUGUGGAUGUAUGCGUUGUUGUUUAGACCCAGAUUACAUAGAUCUGCUGGUAUGUGUGUGAUAAUUUGUUCCCAGUCGAUUUAAGUGUUAAAUUCCUUCCUACAGCUAAUUCAAGUUUGUAAUGUAUCUUAAGAAUUGUUUAAUUCUGGAAAUAAAAUUGCUUAGCUGUAGGAAGCAAUUUUUAUGCUUA